AUGGAGAGUAAUAUAUUUAAAGAAUUGAUACUGGAUACUGUCAACUCUAAAUACAACUUUCAUAAGCUAUUAGCAGCUCCUCCGCAGCAACAGCAACAAUUACCAAAUCCUCUUCCCCCUACUGCCAAUCCUCAACUACCUUCACUUCUACCACAACCAAUUCCCCUAGUACUCGUCGAAAUACACGCCUGCUCCUCUUCUAGUUACUUUUUACGCUCUCCCCGUUCAACAACUUGUUCCGGGACUCCUUAUUCCCGACCUCCCGUUUAA